AUGACAAUGUGUGACGAUCAAGACGAUUAUAUGUCUGACAGCUACUUGUGUAUGACACAAGAUGUGAAACCAGGAAUAACAAGUAAUCCAAGCCAGAGAAGGUUGUUAAAGAUCGAGUCACAUAGGAUGCAGUGUAAGCAAAACAGGAAAAUCCCGCCUAAGUUGCAUGAAUUAGGUAGACUGAUAAGUUCUACCGUCUUAUGGAUGAGUAUUCUCUUAUCCAAUGAUGCGAAAAUUUUAGAGAAAGCCGUUCGUGAUGAAGGUCUAAACAAACCUGUUCCUGAGACGUCUAAGGGAUUCGCUCUCAUUGCGAAAAUGGGGUACAAACCUGGAAUGAGCUUAGGAAAGAAGCGAGAUGGUACUACUUGUUCAGUAUAUAUUUAUAAUAGGUGCACGAUUCUACUUAAUGAGAGAAGUGGCAUUACUGAACCGAUUGGUCUCGAAGUUAAAGCCUGCAGAUCCGGAUUAGGUCAUGAGAACGAACGAGAGAAGCAAGCUAAACUCGCUAUUAUGCAACAGAUGGAGAGAAUGAAACGACGGGCUGAACACCAUGUCGAACUAAUUGAUGACUAUCGGAAGCGAAAGCGGGGUUUGUCAAAUAGAAAGGGAUUGAUUUGUGACAUCUUGACAAGUCGUAAGAUUUGUGUCGAGUUGGAUUUAAGGUUUUACUAUGUAAAUGGAAAGGAAGCGCCUGAAGAAGAGCGAUACGAUGAGCUUUCCGAUGAGACACUGCGUGAAAGACUUAACGAAAUAACAUUUUAUCUUCGUACGACUUAUCAUUACUGUAUAUGGUGCGGAUGUCAGUUCAAGGACUACGACGAGCUCAUUAUGGAUUGUCCUGGAGGAGAUCGAGAAGCACAUGACUCCAUAGAUGAAGGGUGA